GGACUUUGCCCGAGCGUCGGGGCGGGCCUGCUGCUCCCGCGGUCCCUAGGCCGCGUGGGGUGUGCGUCUGCUGGAGACCGUGGAAGCUACUGUCGCGGGGUCGUCGGGGUGAUGCGUCCUCGGGUGCCGUUCAUUCCUUCCGCGCUAGCCUGAAAGCUUGUGGGCUCGGUGCUAGGUGCAGGGCUGCGUGAUGACCUGGACCUGGAGGGCGCCUGGAGCCUCCUAAGGAGAAAAGCUCUGGUGCCCACCAAGCAGAGUUAGGGUGGUCUUAAGAGGCAAUGCAGCCUUGGAAAGAGACACACACAAAAGCAGGCUUGUGAGGACAGGAUGGGUGGAACUGGCCUUAUCGGCGCACCACCCCCUCCCCCGUCACUUUGGCUUCUUCACAAAAUAAUUGAUGGCAUCUGUGGUCGGGCUUAUCCUCUCCACCAGGAUUAUCACAGUGUUUGGAAUUCAACCGAGUGGAAGCAUGUUCUGGAAGAUGUUACCAAAUUUUUCAAAGCUGUAGUUGGUAAAAAUUUUUCUGACGAAGAGAUACUUCAGCAGUUGAGUCAGCUGUCAUCUCAUCAAGAAGCUAUUAUGAAAUGCUUGAAAAGUAGGAAAGAAGAAAUCAAGCAGGCUCUGUUAGGAGAAAUAGUUGAUAUUUCUUGUGCACAGUUACAGGAUUUUGAUUGGCAGUUAAAGCUUGGACUUGCUAGUGACAAGAUUGCUACUUUACAAAUGCCACUUUUAAACCUUCAUCUGGAUGUAAAAGAAGAUGGUGAUGUAAAACCAUAUUCUGUUGAAAUGAGUAAAGAGGAGCUGCAGAAUCUGAUCAGUUCCUUGGAAGCAGCUAAUAAGGUGGUCCUGCAGUUGAAAUGACUGGAAAUGAUGAAUGCCAGUGCUGUCCGCAUCCACUGUUGGAGUUGGUAUGACAGAGUGAGCACUGUUCAGAUGGUCAGUGCUACAGGCUGAGCAGCGCUGGAUCACAACGGAGCAAUCUGUCAGUGGCCCUGAAGAACAGGAGAUUGCUUGGCUGAUAGGAAAUGCAGAGACUGAAAGAUGCAAAUGCUGAAGUAGCAGUUUCUAUUUCAUAAUGGCUGUUUUUCUCUCAUUUGUUAAGUAAUUGAGGAAUGUUUGUAAAGUUUUAUUGGAAGGUAAAAAUAAAUUAUAAAGUAAUGUAAACAUACAGAGCGCAAAUACACUUGAAUAUUGCUUAAAUAAUGAUGUGGAUAGUAAAAACAUGUAUUAUCGAUAUGUUAUUUGUGAUAUUUAAAGCAUUAAUGUUUUUAAAGAAUAUAUAAGCUUCAUAUGUAACUCAGGAGGGUCCAUGUCUUUUUUAUGUUUCAGAGAAAAGAUCAUGAAUUGUAAAAUUUCAUAGAGAAAAGUACUUUAACAGACACGAAUAAGAAAAAAUUUUAAAUUUGUGUAAAUAAUUUUGAAUUUAUGAAUUGUAGAACUAAAAUCUAGACUUAAAAAAAGGAACAUAACGUUAUUUCUGCACUUCCUGCUGGCAUUGGGAAAUCUGUAGUCUGAUAAAGAGUAGCUGUCAUGGUGUAGUGUACAUAUUGUUACUCAGAUAUCAGGAGAGAGUGAUUGCAGGUUCAUUUUUAUAAAUUCUUAAUAUAGACUUUAAGCUUUUGAAUGUUAACAAGUUCAUUGAAGUAUAAAUCAUUUUUAACCUCAGCCAACUUUAGAAAUAAGCAUCUGAACAAAUAAAAGUGUAUUGUUUUAUUUU